AUUUCAAUCUUGCCGUAAAAUCAAAAAUUAUUUGAAGAAUUCAUUUGUAUUUUCUGAUUUAUUUUGUAAUUUUAAUGAUGUCCCAACAGACAGAAUUAUUGACGGAAAAUCCAGCGCAAUGGACAACUGUAUCAUUCGUCACGCCGGAAAUACAGAAGAAGGAAUUAAAACCAUUUGUCUUGUUGGCCCUCAAAGAGCUAGAAGGUAACCCGGACAGCCGAAUGGCGAGCCUCAUGAACGCGGAUAAAUUCUCAGCAGUACGGUUCGUGGUGCGGCAUGUCUCGCGACUUAGAUCGGCGAAUAAAGAGCCGUGGAGCGAGGAGGAUAUGCAGAUGUUUCUGGAGGGACUUAAGUUUACCCCAGAGUGUGUGAGCGAACUAACAACGCUAUUAUGUAUGGAUAAAAUAUACAAUAAUAUACAAAGGCAUUUGAGAAUAAAGCCUGGUAUAGCAAGCCUGCAGUGGAAAAUAGACCUGUCUUUAAGCCAAACGAACAUACGCAAAGAGAACGCGAAUUCAGAAAGAAGCAAGGAAAUCAUACACAGGGAUACACAAAUCAUCCUAACGUUGGAAUUGACGAACGGACAAAAGUUCUUAUAUAGAUUGAGUGUGAAUAAGUUCCACGAAAUGAGGUUCGUUAUAGCGAGCGCUUUGAAAAACAUCAUUGUACUGGAAAAACGGAAUUGUAUGAGGAAAGACUGAUUUAUUUCAAACUAGCUUUACGCCGCGGCUCCGCCCGCGUAGUCAAAGAAAAAUCCGCAUAGUUCCCGUUCCCGUGGGAUUUCCGGGGUAUAACCUAUCCUAUAUCCUUCCUCAGUUCUCAUGCUAUCUCUGUACCAAAUUUUAAGUAAAUCCAUGCAGUACUUUUUGAGUUUAUCCCGGACAUACAUAUAGACAAAAAUUCUGAAAACUAUAUUUUUGGCUUCAAUUUAUAUAGAUCACGCCUCAAAUUUUUUUUUUUAAAUAUAUAAAAAUAUACUGGUUUGACUUUUCAUCAAUUUUAUUAUAU